AAUUAAUUGAGCGUUAUGUCUAUGACAAAGCAGCAGCUGAAGAAUUCGAUGAAGUUGUUACGAAAAACUUGUUUGGGAAAAUCAGGUGUGGAAGAAGAUAAAAUCCAGGGAAUCAUGAAAGGAAUAUUUAUAGAAGAGAAGGAAGUAAUGUGCUACAUUGCUUGUGUGUACCAAAUGUCGCAAAUCGUAAAAAACAAUAAGUUAAACUAUGAUGCCUCUUUGAAACAAGUGGACCUUAUGUAUCCAAAUGAAAUGAAGGAAUCUGCGAAGAGAUCUAUUGAAAUAUGUAAAGAUGUAGCUACUAAAUACGAAGACUUAUGCGAAUCAUCAUAUUGGACAUCGAAAUGCAUUUACGAAUCUGAUCCCAAGAAUUUUCUGUUUCCAUAA